UUCGUGGCUGCCGCGGCCACACACACCCAGCGAUUUGACAUUAGAUCUCGUGCGAAGGAAGACGUGUGUGCCUGUGUGAUGUGCGGAAAAAGCUUUCCAUCCGUGCCUAGUAGCAUCAUAGAUCCUUUUUCUUUAGUUUUAUAAUUUUAUCCCGUUAAAAAAACACUUCCUCCCACCCCCCUCUAAUCACCCACACACGGACAGAAGCGCACACAACCCGGACGAAGAAAAGUGCAAUAGACGUUGUGAGUGAGUGUGUGUGUGUGCCGGCCCGCUCUGGCGAUUUUCCGUUUUCCGCGUCGUCGCCGCCGCUGCCGCCCUUGUUUUGUGCUCCGCUUUAAGCAGCCUCGCGUGAACCGUAAUGAUGAGACUUCGUUUGCCGUUCGCAUGCUGGAAGGCGUAGCUUGGGCGCGUUCGUCAGAAGUUUGAAGCAAUUUGCGAAAAUUCUAUCUGGCUAGCUCGAACGAAAGGGCGAAGGUUCCUCCAACAGCAGCAACAGCAGCGCCUUGGAAGACGUGAAAGAGAGGAGAGAGCGAGCGAACGAGCAAGUGCGAGAGCGAGUGAAUCGCAAGAACAGGAAUUAAUUAGAAGCAAGAAAAGCGGCUUGAAAAAUCCCACGGAAAAGCCUCUGUGGUGACCACAUACAAUUCCCACAGACACACAGAGCGAGAGAAAAUACACGAAGGCUCCCAUCGCGUGGAAAGUGCGUGUAUGUGCAUUUAUGUGCGUGUGUGAGUUAAAGCGACGCCAACACAUAUAACGGGAAGGAUUUGCUGUCAGCCAGAUCAGGUAGCUGCGUUUUCUGCGGGAAGACGCACGCAAGCGAAGUGGUGGCGCAACGUCCGGUUCGGAAGCAGUGGGAGAAACGGGAGCUUAAAGUGUUGUAAAGCCAAAAGGUGCGUCGAAAAAAUAUUGAAAGACCGCUUGAAGCUAGUGCCAAAGCCUUCCUUGCUCAUCUCUGUGGGCUAUCCCACCGAGCCUCCCCCGAACAGCAGCCAGCUCUCCAAGAAGCCAGCGGCGCUAGAACCGCCAAAAGCAGCAGCAGCAAGGAAGAAGACGGGCGUGUGAAGCGCGAGUUAAAGUAAAAAGUCGUCUCCGGGUUGUGCAUUCGGGUGUUGACUUCCGGUUGGAGCAGUGUGGAGCGAACGUUUUUACUUUAUCGGUUCAUUUAUUUUAAUAAUGAGUGAUUAUUCCAACCAGAACUCGCAAAAUUUUAGUCAAUCGUCAGCAUUUGCCGCCGCUUUACAGAGAGCCAAACAAAUUGCCGCUAAGAUACACCCGGGUGGUCAGCAGCAGCAGCCGCACCAACCAGUGAAGAGACCACACGACGAUCACGAUUCGGGGCCAGAAUUGAAAAAGUUCGGUGGACAGUCUGAUUAUAAUAAUGCUAGCUCGCCCACUAGCAUGAGUCAGGCUGCAAUGCAAGCCGCCGCCCAAGCUGCAGCAGUAGCCGCCCGUCUGUCGCAGAACAACAGCAGCAACAACCAGAACAACUUCAACGCUCCUAACGCACCCGGUGGAGGAGGCGGUGGUGGAUCGCAGGACCCGAACCAGCGCGUGCGCGAACUGAUCAGCAAGAUGGUAAAUCACGGCGGCCCAAUGGACAACGGCAAUCAUCCGGGCCAGGGUGGUGGCGGUGGAGGCCGCGGAGGUGGUGGUGGUGGCGGCGGCGGCGGCGGCGGCGGUGGUGGUGGCUUCGGCACAUUCCAGGAGAUGAUGAUUCCUGGGUCGAAGGUGGGCCUCAUCAUUGGCAAGGGCGGAGAAACAAUCAAGCAGCUGCAGGAAAAGACGGGCGCCAAGAUGGUGAUCAUACAGGACGGGCCCGGGCAGGAGAUGGAGAAACCGCUGCGCAUUUCCGGCGACCCGCAAAAGGUGGAACAGGCGAAGCAGCUGGUGUACGAGCUGAUACAGGAGAAGGAUGCGUACUCGCAGCGGCAGAACAUGAAUGGUGCCGAGCAGGCGGAAGUGUUCGUGCCGAAGGCGGCCGUCGGUGUGGUGAUUGGCAAGGGUGGCGAGAUGAUCAAGAAGAUACAGGGCGAGUCGGGCUGCAAGCUACAGUUCAUCCAGGGCCGUGGCGACGGGCCGGGUGAUCGGCGGUGCAUUGUGCAGGGUUCGAAGGCACAGGUCGAGGAGGGUAAGCGCAUGAUCGAGGACCUGAUCGACAGUGUGCUGCGCCGCGAACAGCAGGGUGGCGGUGGCCGCGGAGGUGGCGGCGGUGGAGGUGACGGUGGACCGCACGGACGCGGAGGCAUGGGAGGAAACUCCAAUCAGGAUAAUAACUAUAACAACUACAACGGACCGCAGGUAACACGGUUGGAGUACACCUUCACUGUGCCUGUGUCAAAGUGUGGGAUAAUUAUCGGCCGUGGCGGUGAUACGAUCAAGCAGAUCAAUCAACAGUCCGGUGCGCACACUGAGAUGGACCGGAAGGCGUCGCAAAACCAGACGACGGAGAAAACGUUCACUUGCAAGGGCGAGCAGCACCAGGUGGACGAAGCGAAACGGUUGAUUCAGGACAAAAUCAACAUGGAGAUUAACAUGGUGUACGUCGGCUCCACAUCCGUGCCGGUCAAUCAGUACCAGAACAAUGGUGGUGCUGGGGGCGGUGGUGGUGGUGGCGGCGGCGGUGCCGGAGGCCCGAACGCAUACCAGCAGGGUGGCUGGGGUGGCUAUCAGUCGCAGGGUGGCUGGGAGCAGCAGCAAUCGGCUCAAGUGAAUGCUGCUUCGGCCGCCGCAGCUGCUGCAGCAGCGGCAGCGCAGCAACAGCAACAACCACAGCCAGAUUACUCGCAACAGUGGAUCGAGUAUUAUAAGCAAAUGGGAAUGCAUAGAGAGGCGGAAAUGAUCGAGCAGCAGAUUAAAGCGCGACAGGCAGCCCAAGGAACAAUGGCAGCUAAUCAAACUGUGCAAGGUCAAACAGUGAUGGGAGCUGCGGGACCCGGAGCACCACAGCAGCAGGCGCAACAGCAACAGCAGCAGGUCGGCGGCCAGCCAGACUACAGCGCGGAAUGGGCCGAAUACUAUCGAAGGAUUGGCAAGAUCGAUGAAGCGGAAGCGAUCGAAAAGCAGAUCGCUGCGACCAAGGCCUUGCAAGCACAGGCUGUUGCGGCGGCGGCAGCGGUGGCGGCGGCGGCCGCUGGUGGUAACCAGCCCGGAGGACCGGGUGGAGCUGGUGGCGGUGGACAGUAUGGCGGUGGUGGUGGCGGCGGCGGCGGUGGCCCACAGCAAGGACCCGGCGGCUACGGCGGUCAGCAGUACCAGCAGUACUAUGGUGGUGGUGGUGGCGGCGGAGGUGGUGGCGGUGGAGCCGGUGGUCAACCGGGAUACGCUGGCUACCCGUACGGUGGUGGCUACCCGGGGCCGGGCGGUGGUGGCCCUCAAAACCAAUCGAAUGCAUCCAACCAGGACAAGAAUUAGGAUGCAGCGUACCAUCACCCUACCACCUCCCCUUCUUCUUCUCCCACCCCCCGCUCAUCGACAAACGACAGCCGCCUCUUCCAUAACUGCACCGUUGUGCGCGUCGCUCAUCACCACAUCAAUCCAGACGAAGAGCUCAAGCAGGAGAGAGUGAGAGAGAGGACGUACAACCCAGCAAGCACCAGCGGCGGCAGUGCUUGGUCGGCUGCGAAAGGAUGCAAUGAUGUACGAGGAAAUGGGUAUUGCUUCGUUGUAUUUGCCCCCCUUUGUUUUAUCUGUCUUUUGCAAAUGCCUUUUUACUUCCCAUUAUAUCAUACAUAUUUCUACAAUGCAUUUUUUAAUUUUUUUUUUUGUCUUGGUUUGGGAACGUUUCCGAGUUAUGAAUUUUUAAAAUUAUGGCAAAUUAUUACAUUCCUUAAAACAUGUUCAUUUUGCUCUUUUUGCUUUUAUCCAUGUGUAUUCCAAAAUAUUAGGCCGCCAAAUUUAGGCAGCACAUUCUUUCAAAACCGUAGAAGCAUAUUUUAAAAAGGGGAUUUGGUGCUGUGUGUGUGUGUGUGGGUUUGUGCUCCUAUUGUUUGUGUUACUUAACCACACCGAAAGAGGUAAUAUUUCAACAGGCUAGAUAACAAUACUCGCGCAACAAAUCAAACACAUCUCGAAGCGAAGACUUUCCCACCCUGGUGGCUACUGGCACACACAAUUCAUAGUUUGUUAGCGAGCAAUCGAUGGUUGCACGAUAAAGAUAGCAUACGCAAAAUGGUAAUUGAUCUGAAUAUAUGUUAAUUUGUUGAGCAAUAUUCUCUCUCCAAAUGAUUAUAUUAGUCUAGUAUACACAAAUUUUAUAUGCAAUAUAACAACAAAUCAUUAUCAUUAUAUUAUAUACAACUUUAUUCGUGUAUAUACAUAUACAAUAAUAUUCGACCCAUAUAUGUGCCGAGUGCAUAUGAAAACUUGUAUGAUGUCAUAUUUUACGAUGAAUAUAUUAUUAUUCGAUUGAUAUUCGAUCUAUGUUAGGCAAUGAAUACAUAUAUGAAACUAACCUUUUCUUAACCAUCACAAUAAAUUGAUUAUUGUUUAUCUA